AUGGAACCUAUUUCACUGGUAUUUGAGAUCACCUCCCUCUCUAUGCAGCUAGUGGCGAUGGUGAAGACCAUCAAAGGACUGGUUACCGCCUACAAAUCAGCCGCACAGGAACUAGAGGAACUAUGUGUCGAACUUGACGAUAUUGAGACCACCUGCGAUUGUCUGGGGGCAGCUUUAUCGCAAGCUAACAAGCUGUAUUCAAGACUGCUACGACAAAGUAUCGUAUCAAAGGUCAACCAGGUCAUAGAGAAGAUUUCUGCGAAGCUCGAUUCAAAUCGCAACCCUUUCAAAACCAUUGGCGGUUUGUUCCUGCUGUACAGACCUCAGCAUGCAACGUAUGUCGGUAGUCUGGAAAGAUCACGCUCAUCACUCGAUGGUAUCAUCACCACAAUAUCAUUCUUUCUUCUCUGGAAAGGCUCUCAAUCGUCUACUAGAUCGAUCCCUGUCAAUCAGUCGCUGCCUCGGACAGGUCACUUCCCUGUCACCCCAGAGUUUAAUGCAACGAACCACUCUGGGCCUCCUCGAGAGAAAUAUAAAGUACACAUCAAAAGAUCGAGACGUCAAUGCUCAAGUUUGUUGUUCCUUCAAAAGACGCAGAAAUCGAGAAUACAGGACUUCAGUGCUUCAAAUGUCCAGUCUUUGGCCAAUACACAGGAAAGCUCGACUUUCACCUUUGGAUCAUUAUUGUUGAACACAUACAUACAAUUAUCAAUAAUGAGAGGGUCUCUCGCACCCUUUUCUGUUCGGUUGCAGAUCCCACGGGUGCUCCUGGUCUCCGAAGAUGCCACCGGUGUAGGUGAAAGUGUCCGGAAUGCAUUCGAAUCUGAUGAUUUGCAAGCGACUCAGGAUCUGCUCCGCCAAGGGCUUCUUACGACCUCCACAAUAGUCACGUAUACCGAAUACGAUCCCGAAAAUGAAGCAUCGUUAUUGGGCCUUGCAAUGUCGCUUCAAUCGCGGAAGAUUCUCAACUUCUUAAAGGAUCAAAUGGAUCUCAGUGAGCCAAGAAACCAUGCAGCUUGUUUCUCCUUUCCAUACCAACACCCUAGUUCAGAGGAAGACUUUGCCUGUAUUCUCAAAUACAUUCAUAUCCGCAAAGAAUUGAUUACUCCAGCAGAAUUCAGCAUCUUACUCCGGACCCAUGAAGCAUGUCGUAUUACUGCGUAUGUUGAAGCUUGUCGACAGUAUUUUCCUUACGACUGGGACCGCUUUGAUGAUGUCAUUCUGAGCGAGUUGAGCUUUGGUUUUAGCCAACUUUCCGCCCGUCAGAUGUCAAAUGCUCAGUUGGGGGACUGGGCACCCUUAUUCACAGACAUCGUGGCACGCAGCCAAGACUUAGUUACCAACACCGAGCACCGCCAGUUCACAGCAACCAUAUAUUUUAUUAUAUGGUAUGCCUUUGGCCCCGAUGAUGCUUGGUAUCGCCUUGCCAUCGAAUCUUGCUAUGAUUACUGGGUGGAAACUAAGGCACGGGGCUUCUGCAAAUUUGAAGAUUCGGCUGUGCGCCGCAAACUCCUCUUGGGACAUUACAAGGGACGAGAGAUCCCAUAUUGGAUCGAAUACGUUGACAACUCGUGCCCAAUACGCGAACUUUUGACAGAAUUCCCAGCACUGCGAUACAUGGACAAGGAAAUCCGAAGGACUUACUGGCAUGAACGCACAAAGGUAUACAAAUAA